AUGCCACUUGAACAAGUGCUUAUGCAAAUCAAGGAUGACCCAUCCUUGAAGUGGCCAGAGAAAAUGAAAAGAGAUCCCAAAAAGCGCAAUAGGAACAAGUAUUGCCGCUUCCAUAGAGACCAUGGGCAGGACACGGACAAGUGUUUUGAUUUGAAGCAGCAGAUAGAGAAUCUCAUCAGAAAAGGAAAAUUGAGAAAUUUUCUUGGACAAGAUAACAAGGACGAGAAGUUGAAGGUGAAGGUAGAAGAAUUGUCACGACCCCCACUUGGAGAAAUAAGAGUUAUUAUAGGAGGAAUUUCGAUAGGACAAUCUUCCAAGUCAAGAAAGACUUACCUAAAGGUGGUCCAAAACAUCCAACUGUUUGGACGAUCUCCAAGGACGAGAGGAACGGACAAGCAAGCCAUUACAUUCAAGGACGAGGAUGCUAAAAGAGUCCACCACCCACAUGAUGACGCGAUUGUCAUCACCUUGCUCAUUGCUUACUAUACGACUAGAAGAGCGUUGGUAGACAAUGGGAGUUUAGUGGACAUCUUGUAUUACCCCGCCUUCCAACAAAUGAAGCGUAAACGAGAUUAG